UAAUGACAUGGUCCGCCUCAUCUAUGUUGCAUACAACCUGUAUUAGAUCAGAGGUUUUGGUUAUCUUGCACAAUCCUUACCCAUGCCAGUAUGUGGUAGCUAUUCCAGUUUAUCCUCUAUUUUGCAGCUUUUAUGACUAGCGAAUCUCAGCAUGUCCCAUAUCUGACAGCAAUUGUGUUCCAUGGACCAAUACACCUUAGUUGUCGGGUAAUCUGACGAUCAAAACAAUCAACACAAAACCCACAGCCAUGUCCAAAGAACCUUGGCUGGCCGAACUCCCAGAUGAGGACUGGGUCUCACAGCCGCCAUCACCGUGCCCGCUACCUCACUCCCCGUCUCUUCCAUCUAGCCCAAGUCAACAGUCUGCGCGCAAGUGUUUCAGUUGCUCGCACCGAAGCCGCAUUCCUAAGCCGCCAGAGCCAGCGUCUCCGCACGCCAGAGGGAAAAGCACACCACGGGGUGGUAGACAAGGACAGACCAGACGUGGUGGCAGUACAACACCGUCUAGUGCGCGCGCAUCGUCUUCUCCUCGACAAUCUUCAUCGACCCGGUCACCACGAGUGCAAAAUAAUGCCCAACCCAAGCCUUCACCCAAAACACGCCCGAAACCAAUGACGCCCGGUCGAAAGAAACCAACUUCCACACCUCUGAAAAAUGUCGUGUCAACAAGACCAAGCACUAUGGAUUCGAUGCGCACCGACGGCCAGGGAACUAUUCAAGUUCGGCCCACCCAAGAGGUGUCGAAGGAAACACCAGAAUGGAAAAAGCGACUUGUCCGGGGAGAAGUGCCUUCUGAUGAACAAUGCGAUCUUUUUGCGCCAUUGGGUCUCGAGAAUAUAUUCAAAGAUCCUACGACGGACGGUGAACCCGAAGGGCAAUCGCCUUCUAUGAUUUUCGGUAGCCAGAGGAACCGCACGGAGAUAAACAAACGCCCGAAUACCCAACAAAAGAAAGCACCCAACCAGCCUGAAAGCUCCAGCAUUCGAGUGCAAGAAAGAGGCAGGGAAAUGGGCACUGUAUUCUCAAAACACUUCAAACUCGGUCCCGACGGUGUGUCAGAGGCUGACGACCGUUUACGAACCGCCAGCGGGGAGGAGGACCUGCGCAACGAAGGCAUAACACCCAUAUUCCUGUCGAACAACAACACGGCUGAUCGCCAAACCGGCUCGGAUGUCUUGCAAUCAGCCCUCAAACAGCUGAAUGACCUUGCAGGCUCUAGGAAAACGAGCAGAAUCGGCAGUCUCAAGGAGCAGAAGGGCAACAACGAAGCCUAUGCUGCCCAGUUCGGCGAUCUUCUCAAUGUCAGCAGCCCGUAUUUCCCAGAAGAUUUAUCCACGGGGACGCAGGAAGCAGUGUCGACGCAGCCUUUUGUGAACAUUCGUCGCGGCGGGUACUCGGAGGACGGCUCUUUCCGUGUGCGACAACUCAGCCCGUCGUCCUUCCCAUCCCAGUUGCAGUCUUCCAUCAUUGAAAACUCCGAAUUUCGCAGCUCGCCGCCAGUCCACAAUGCAGCAGUCACAUCACUUGAUGGUGCGCAAAUACCUGAGGUGACGUUCUCGCCAACUGGCAGCCCGCCAGGCGAGAGGCCUUUAACUGCCAACAUGAAUAGCCCCUUGAAAUUAUUUGGCAACCAUGAUACUUUUACCAACAACAAACUGCUACGUCGCAUGAGCCAGUUUGAGGAAACGUUUGGAGAUGUCUCCUCUGAUGAAGACGAACCAGUAGUUUCACCAACAUUAGGUACGAGGAGGACGCGCGCAAAUCGCAGCCUACCGAACUUGAGACGAGGACAGCUUGAUGGCCAAUCACCAAGAAAGCUAACUCGGCCUGUUACUCAAGAUGCUGCGGAUCCUCGCAUGAACCGAUUCGGCAAUGGACAAUUGGAUGAUUUUGGCUUCGCCAGUGAGAGCACAAACAAAGGUGGAAUCCCAAAUAUAUCCUUCAAAAGUAGGCACCCUCGAGGAAAUCAACUAGGUCGGAGGUCGCACUCACGGGUACUGGGAAAAGACAAUUUACGAAAAGCAAAGAGCUUUGACUCCAUUUCAGAACGUCGUCGAUCUUCUAGCUUUGGGCACCAGGCUACUUGGCGCACCCGUCAAGGUGGUAUGGACUCCAAGCAGAUGACCAGAUCCCCUGCUAAAGGUUCUACUCCGAAGCGACGACGAACAAAAGCGAAAACCCAGGGCCAAAAUGAGGCCGAUAAGAUAAUUGAGUCGCUGUUGGAGAUGAAACUGGAUGACAAGGGGCUGAAGCCUAACCCAUAUAGGGAUACCUCUAGCUCUUUUGCAUUCAAACAGCCACAAACGAACUGGGAUUCUAUGCCAUUGAACCCUCCCUACAACGAUGACGAUUCCAAGGAGGAUGUGCUUACUCUUGAUGAUCACAAACGCUCUCUGACGACUGACGAUUACAUCAGUCAGGCGACGCAGGUAAUGGAUAUGAUCCGCGCCAAGGGCAAGUAUAAAAGCGGCUUAACUAGCGUGGAAGAGUCGGAUAUUACUGGAGAAAGUGACGAAGACGGAACUUUGACUGAAAUAUCUAGCCCAGAAAAUCUCUCUCGCCCUCCAAGCCGCGAUGGCGUGGAUAUGCGAAAAUUGAGAGAGCCAUGUCAACUAAAUCCACGAGUUGUCAGCCAUCUCAAAAAGUUUGCCGAUAAGGAGGAUACAGAGCAACUCAUGGCCUCGGUUGUCUCACACCUGGAUCAAGAACCACGGUUGGCUUCCAGUGGCCAAUUUGAUGAUGAUUCUUUUGAUGAUAUCAUCGAGAGCAGUUUUCAGAAUGCCCGUAUCUUGCCUCAGCGAAAACGUAAGCUUUCUGAUGAUGAUCAACCCGAGAAUUCAAUACCAACAAAUUCCUCUACUGGCUCCAACGCUAGAGGUAACAUUGCUUCUGGCAUGGUUUCACAUUUGAUUCCGGAGCAGGUUAAUGGGAUGACUUACGAUCAUUCAACGAAAUCCUGGGUCAAACAGAAAAUUGGAACGGCAAUGACAAGAGCGAGGGCGGACGAAAGCGAGGAUGAUCCAUUCGCAAGCAUUCCAGAUCUAAGUGUUGAUGAAGUGGAGGAGAUUAAAAGAUCACAGCAGCAAUAUUUCCAUACGACGAAGAAUGAACAUCCAACCGACCAACCUACAAAAGCAAAUAUUGAUGCAUCCAAGAUUUCCUUAGCCGCACAACGACCAAUAACUCGCGAUGGGCCUACUUUCAUUCCUGAUUCGAGCUCUGUACAAUCUAAAAACACCCGUUUUACAUCCAGCGGUCCCCAACCGGAGACUCGCGCUACCUCAUGGGGAACCGAAGACUUGACAGUUAAUGCCUUCCAAAACUCAAGCCCAGUUUCAAAAGACACGACGCUACACGAAGGCCGUACAAUCGCACACCCACGCCGAUCCAAGGUGUCUGGCCAAACAAGGGCGGCCACAAUUAGUUUUUCGUCUCCUCUCGUGUCACAUAUCGUAUACACAGAUGAUGUGAAUGAAGGACAAGCGGAAGAGAAUAGUCAUAAAUAUCAUAAUGACUCAAUUAUCGGCCCUUCCGGCGGUAUUUCUGUGGAUAGUCGGCCAUUUAUACGUCGCCCUGUUUCUCGAAUAGAUGAGCAAAACGAAGAAUCUAUUGGAGAAAUGAGUUUGGUUCGGAGAGACUCGUCGACUCCACAAACACAUCAGAUAGCGAAUUCUACGAUAUAUCCACCAUCUGCGGGCAGCGGCAACUACAGUUUUCAUCUGAGCCCCCUCGCCGAUUUUACUGUAAACCAGCCCGACGAUCCUGUGAAUCUCGAGUUGAGCUACAUUGCCCAGCGGACCAAGCCUUCUUCAUUGCGUGAAGUCCAUGGGACUUUGGCCCUAGCUGCUGAGGAUCUCGUGAAACAUAUCACUGACGUAGAGCCAACGGAGCCAUUUUGGGAAGAUCUGCGUCGAUUGAAUCUUAGGAACAAGGGACUGAUGACCCUUCACCGUCUGAAUGAAUUCUGCCCUCACCUAGAAGAGCUUGAUGUUUCUGAAAACGAACUUGGGCAUCUCAGCGGCGCGCCAUUUACACUUCGUAGCCUGCGAGUGCAACAGAAUUAUCUCACAAAUCUAACUGCAUGGGGUCAUCUCGUGAACCUUCAGUAUUUGGACAUUUCUGGAAAUCAACUCCAGUCAUUGGACGGCUUUUCAGGUUUGGUUCACCUGCGCGAGCUAAGGGCAAACAAUAACAGAAUUCGCACCAUUGAUGGCAUUCUCGACUUAAAUGGUCUGUUACGCCUGGAACUCAAGAACAACGCCCUAAUAUCUGUUGAUUUUGGGGGCUCAGAGCUAUCUCGAUUGGGUGAAAUUGACCUGAGCAAUAAUCAGAUAAGCGUGGUUCGGAAUCUUGAAUAUCUCCCCGCUUUGGAAACUCUCAACAUCAGCGCAAACGAGAUCAAACAACUUCAACCCAUCGUGCCGCUACAGGCUCUUCAGAGGCUUCGGGCGUCGAGUAAUCGUUUCUAUUCAUUCGAUGCAAGCUUAUUCCCACACCUGAAGUUGCUUUAUCUUGAUGCCAACUGUCUUUCUACUGUUUCUGGGCUAUCUAAAUGUAACAAUCUGGAGGUAUUAUCUGUACGAGAACAGUUUUCCGGCCAACCUCAGAAAUCAGAGUCGCCUUUCGAUAUUGAUAUUAGUCCCUUGGCCGAUAUUCGCAAGCUCUUCCUUUCGUCGAAUCGAUUGUCGGAACGAACACUCGCACCAUCUACUCCUAUGCUGGGCUUACAGUUGCUUGAUAUCGCGUCAUGCGGUCUCCAGGAUAUUCCUCCUCGGUUUGGCAAACGCUUUCCUAAUCUCCGAGUUCUUAAUUUGAACUUCAAUUCAGUGAAAGAGCUUGGCGAAAUUGCUGGUAUGAAUGGACUGAGCCGCUUAACGGCUGUUGGCAACCGUAUCAGCAGGCUGCGUAUGAUUUGUCAGGUUAUUAGCAAGGUUGGCCAACCUGCACAAUAUGGCGGCAAUACCCUCAAGAAUAUCGACCUCCGAGGCAACCCACUUACCGUUGGUUUCUAUCCUCCUGCUAUCUCAGGGAGCGGACGAGCGGAUACACACAUCAAACUCUUGCAAAUACGGCGUAAAGAGGCGGCGGUAAGCAGGAAACGUAUUGAGUCUGAAAUCGGCCCACUCACUACCAUUGGUGGUGGAAGUGACAUGGAAGUUCUCGAUACGAAGGACAAUGGAAACGGAAGUGACAUGCAUACGAACGUAGAGAUUGAUGACCCGUACACCCUCCCCCCAGCCGACGCGGAAGCUGAUCAGAAAUACCGGUCUCGGUUAGACGAAUCAACAAAGGUGCGACGGAUGACCAUGGAACUGUUGAUGUAUGCGGGCACAAGGGGUUCGAUCAAAGUGCUAGAUGGACUCGAUCUGAGGCCGAUUCUGGAAGGGGAGAAGCGCGAAAUCGAUCGCAUUUGGGGCAAGCUGGAAGCACUGGGGGUGUUCAAAAGAAAUUGACAGGCAUAUUCACCAUGGCAAUGGAGUUAGGGUUUUGGUUGAUUCAUUUAGAUAUUGGUAGUUGCACCAUAUCACUUGGCGCCUGGUUCGCGGAACAUGAAGUGCUUUUGGCACAUGUAUUGAUAGUCUACAUUAUAUUCUAUGCUUCAAUGGCUAUUCUUCACGUUUGAUUUCUC